CUGCGCCAGGCGCUGUUAAUCGGCGGCGAGGGCUUCUCGCUUCAGGAGGCCGCGCUCGGCAAGGACCCGGAUAUUCUGAUCGCGACUCCCGGCCGCCUGAUCGACAUGUUCGAGCGCGGACGGAUCAUGCUGGGCGGCGUCAAGGUUCUGGUGAUCGACGAGGCCGACCGCAUGCUCGACAUGGGCUUCAUCCCCGAUGUCGAGCGCAUCGUCCAGACCCUGCCGCGUAUCCGCCAGACGCUGAUGUUCUCCGCCACCCUCGGGCCCGAGAUCAAGAGGCUCGGCAAGGAGUUUCUGAUCAACCCCAAGGAAGUGAGCGUCUCUCCGCCGGCCACGGUGGCAGGCACCGUGAGCCACACGAUGAUCCUGCUCGAUCUGGCGGAAAAACGCGCUGUGCUGCGUGACCUGCUCCGAGACGAGGCGGUGCAGAGCGCGCUGAUCUUCUGUAACCGGAAGAAGGACGUCGAUAUCGUCAGCGCCUCGCUCGGCCGCCAUGGCCUGAAUGUCCGCGCGCUGCACGGCGACAUGGUUCAGUAUCGCCGGACCGAGACGCUGGCGGCGUUCAAGGGCGGCGAGGUCAAUUUCCUCGUCUGCAGCGACGUGGCCGGGCGCGGCCUCGACAUCGAGGCCGUCUCCCACGUCAUCAACUUCGACGUGCCGUAUAAUCCCGAGGACUAUGUCCACCGCAUCGGCCGUACCGGCCGGGCCGGUCGCGAGGGGCGGGCGAUCACGCUCGUCACGCACGAGGAAGCCGAGGCGGUGGAUGCCAUCGCCGCGCUCGUCAACUGCGCGAUCCCGCUCACGACGUAUGCCGGGGAACCGGCUGCGCUCGAUGCCGCCUCUCGCGAACGCGCACGCCCGCGCCGCGGCCGCAGCAGGCGCCGCGAGGAGCCGCCGUCGGCGGAGAAGCGGCCCGCGCCCAAGCGGUCGCGCGGUGCGGACGCCGCCGAGAGCAAGCCCAAGCGGGAGCGUGUGCGCGGCGGGGAUGCCGCCGAGGCAAGUGAGGGUCGUCGCGCUCGCAAGCCAGCCAAACAGAGCGCGCCGCCACGCGAGGGCGAGCGUGUCACCGGUCUCGGCGAUCACGUGCCGGCGUUUCUGAGCGAUCCCAUGCCGGCGAUCCGGCCCGGCGCGGAGAGCUGA